CGCACCAGCUGUCAUGGCGCCUCAGUGUUGUGUGCCCAAAUGUGCGUCCUCAAAGAGAAAAAAUCCUACCGUGGACAGACUUUCCACCGUUUCCCCAAAGAGCAGGCACUUCGCCGUGAAUGGAUAAAUCACGUCAAGAGGGAUCCUGGUCCAUAUUUCAAGAUCAACGCUGAGACCAAGGUUUGCUCUGAGCACUUUGAGAAGCAGUGUUUUGUAAAGACCGCCCGUGGUAUCACAGAGCUUAUAAAGGAUGCUGUGGCAACUUUGUUCGCCUGGACUUCAGAGAGGCCAAAGAUUCGCAGACCGAGUACGGAUUCCAUGGAGGUGGAUGAAAACCAGCCUGAUGUGAGAAGGGAUGCCUUGAGCACAGAUGUACCUCCUCCACAGCCAUACCAUGAUUAUGCUGUUCCACCGCUGACACCAGAGGGACAACUUGAGGCGGCACGCAAGCACAUCAUAGAGCAAGACAAGUUAAUAGCACAACCUAAAGGGACACUGUGUGGAGCUUUCCCAUGACCAAGAGAUGAACGCUAAACUCAAUAGUUUUUUUUUCUCCUCCUUCCUGCCUGCACUGUAGAAAAAAGUCAGUAAACAAAACAAAUGAUUGGAUUUCACAGAUUUGUUUAUUACAAUUUCAGAGAGAAGUGAUGUAUGCAUAAUAAAAUACAUUAUUAUAUAAUAAUAUAACAUUUAGUAUAAUAAGAUGAUCUAUGAUGCACACUUAAAGCAUGAGAGAUUUGUAGAAAUAAACAUCAAUUCAAUGUAUGUUUCCUAUUUCACUUGUGACUGAAUUUUUCAUAAUUUCAGAAUAAUGGGCCUUGGACGUUUGUUAACAUUGCACUCACUGCCCACAUCUGGUUAACAGAGCCUACUAUUGUCAUGGGUAUGACGCCAUCAUAUAUGUGGAACUCUUUUAUUCUCCUUAUCGCACGUUCAACACAAAUACGAAGUCUUGCGCUUGUUUGUGUUUCUGUGACUUCAUCUGCAUUGAAAGUGCCACUUGGGCCUAAAAAGGGUGGAGUCACAAGGGAGACAUUUCAUUUUGAUAGCAUUUCCUUAAUCAGAAACCCUUUGUCUGCCAUGACUAAAUCGCCUUCUUCAAGCAUUGCCAGGAUUCCGGACAAUUCUGUAAUCUUGUCGGAUAUGGAGCCUGUGUACAGGUCACUAACGAAUGACACCUCACCAGACGGGGCAAUACCAAUCAGGCCUUUUGAAAGUUGGGUUGCCCUUGUAAUGGGAAUAGAUUUCGGAGUUAAGUACCUUCGAACUAAGCAUUUGCACAUAUAUUUCUGUACAGUCUAGAAUGACUCUGGUGUCUGGGUAAGUGUUUUGAAAACAAGUAGGCAUACAUUCAUCUACUGUGGCUUUUGAAGGCCAAAUGGGGAGAGAUCCUAAAAUGUAUAGAUAGUUAGUCCAGGUGACACAGAUUCUGCUCACAGUUGACUGUGACACACCAAAGCGCACCGCAAGGUCCUGCUCAGCAAAACCCUGUCUGAGGCGAAAGAGAGAGAAAUAACUGGUCCAUAGUUGCUAGUUUGGGGAUAUUAAAUGCCUGUCUAAUGACCUGUACCCCUGUUUGUUUAAGCCUUUGAGCCUGACUCCAUCCAACUAUGCUUGUGGCUGUGGGCUGUAGAGCCAUAUAUACAGCUUUAAAGGUGGCAUAGUCUGGGAAUCCUGUGUAAAAUGACAUCUGACUAUCAUCACUGGAAUCUUGACACACUGAACACUUUAUCUUUAAAGGGACACUGUGCAGGAAAUGGUCAAAAAAAGGUACUGCAACUAUGCUGCACAUUGAAACUGGGCUGCCU